AGAGUGCCCAGCCUAGUCAACCUCUAAAUGGAUAGAGAAACUGAAACUCGUAACAGAACCGAAACCCGUAACAGUCAGCAUGGGGUGUAAAGUACUUCCUGCUCCAGACCAGCUGACUGUUGACUCAGUGGACACCACAUCAGCUGCUGUUAGCUGGAGUCAGCCACCAGGAUUGAACCAAACCCAACAUCAUUAUCAUUACCAAAUCUCCUACCAGUGUCCAGGGACAAAACCACACAUCACUACCACAUCUUCACACAGCAUCAGUCUCUCUGACCUGCAAUGUGGUACUCAGUACUCCGUCACUGUCUGCACUGUGCUGGAAAAUGGAAAGCAAAGUCAACUGGUGUCAACAACCCUAACCACAGAACAUGUUCAGUGGUGGAAGAGGCCCUCCAGAGUUGCUGCAGUGUUUGUUCUACUGGCUGUGAUCAUUGGCCUGUGGGAUUCCUAUGCAGCUGCAGAGAGAGACCAGCUACAGACAAUUUACAACACCCUGACUAAAGAGAGAGACCAGCUACAGAAUAGUCUAAAUACAAGGACCACAGAGAGAGACCAGCUACAGAAUAGUCUAAAUACCAGGACCACAGAGAGAGACCAGCUACAGAAUAGUCUAAAUACCAGGACCACAGAGAGAGACCAGCUACAGAAUAGUCUAAAUACCAGGACCACAGAUAGAGACCAGCUACAGAAUAGUCUAAAUACUAGGACCACAGAGAGAGACCAGCUACAGAAUAGUCUAAAUACCAGGACCACAGAGAGAGACCAGCUACAGAAUAGUCUAAAUACCAGGACCACAGAGAGAGACCAGCUACAGAAUAGUCUAAAUACCAGGACCACAGAGAGAGACCAGCUACAGAAUAGUCUAAAUACCAAAACCACUGAAAUAGACAAGUUGAUGAAGAGACUGAACACUAUAACUAUGGAGCAUGACCAGCUACAGAAGGAUAUAGGGUCCUAUCCUGAAGGAUGGAGAAGGUUUGGCUGCAGCUGUUACUACCUCUCUACUGAGAGGAAAUCCUGGAAGGAGAGUAGACAGGACUGUCUGGAGAGAGGAGCAGAUCUGGUGAUCAUUAACAGUGAAGAGGAACAGACAUUCAUCAAUGGGUUUGAAUCAGUCACUUUUGCCUGGAUUGGUCUGACUGACUCUGUUACUGAGGGGACCUGGAAAUGGGUGGACGGAACCCCACUGACCACCCCAAGGUAUUGGUGGAGUGGAGAGCCUGAUGGUUGGACAGACCAGAACUGUGUGGAAAUAUACAUGUCGUCAGGUCAAGGAGUAUGGAGGGAUUAUGAUUGUACCUUUUCACAACAAUGGAUCUGUGAGAAAUAGGCUUCUCAUAGGUACUUUCUCUGCACUGCUGAUUAAUGAACUCUACUGUAUGUUAAUGAUGUUCUGAAGACUGGUUUGAUUUGAUAGAAUUGUACUCAACUACAGCUAGGAGAGAAACACAUACAAACACAUUCACACACACGAAGAUAGUGAUCUGAACCUGAAAAGAUGUUAAUACUGAGAAACAUAUGUGAAAAAAAUAUAAGAUCGUCCCAACAUUUCAAGAAAACCUGAGCUACCUAAAUGUAGUUGUGCACCAUGCCCUCUUCCUAGUAGAAAUAUCAACAUUAACUGUCAAAGAAACAAACACAUCAUGUUAAAUUGUACAUCAAUAUUUAUAGAGGGAUUUUCUGCUGACUCUGGCACUGUCUUCUUUACUGUCCUUUAUAUAUCCAAUCCAAGGUCAACUACACGUUAUAUAUUGUCCACAAAGUACAGAAGUGUCUGUGGCAGAAUGGACUGCCUGCAAAGUGUCACAGAACCCACUGCCUGUAUAGUGUGACAGAACCCACUGCCUGCAAAGUGUCACAGAACCCACUGCCUGUA